AUGGCAAUGAUAAAUGUUUCUAUUCUCUUCGUUGUUUUCAAUGUUUUAGUAGUUCCAGUCUAUUCACAGACAUGUCAAGGAACAACAGCUUAUGCUUCAUGUUCUUCGAACAGUGCUUGUGGUUGCUUUCCGAUGGUUACUGCUGAUGAUUUUGGUGUAUGUGGUUUUCUUUGGUUAACUUGUGCUCGAUUAGAACCCUGCAAAGGUACGAAUGACUACUGUGACCAACCUGAUCAUGUCUGUGUUCGUCAUACACGCUGUCGAAAUCAACCAGUUUGUUAUCCAUUACAAAUGAUUGAUCAACGAGUCUGCCCUCCACCAAAUAACAUUCCAGUGGAUACCACAACGCCUAUGGACAUUACCCAUCAGACAACUACCAUUGAAACAACGACACCUUUCACUGAAACAACCACCGUUGAAACAACAACACCUUUUACUGAAACAACUAUGACUACAACAUUUCAGACUACAACUACGUCUUCCGCAUCCGAAAAACCUGCGGAUAAUAUUUGUGCUACUGCGACAUGGUCUAAACAAGGUAUUACUGUUGCCGGUAACGGAACGCAGGGAGCUGCAUAUAAUCGAUUAUACUAUCCCGACGGAAUAUUCAUCGGUAAAAAUCAAACAGUCUAUGUCGCCGAUACCGAUAACAAUCGAGUCAUGAAAUGGGUAAAAAAUGCUUCGGUAGGUGAAUUAGUCGCUGGUCAUGGUGGCUCUGGAUCCAAUAGUUCACAAUUGAAAAAACCAAAAGAUAUCGUUGUUGAUGGAGAUGAAACGGUCUAUGUCGCUGAUUAUGGUAACAGUAGAAUACAGAAAUGGUUUCGAAAUUCCUUUCGAGCGGCUACUGUGUUAAGUGUUGCAUAUCCAAUUGGUAUAGCACUAGAUGAUGAAGAAACUAUGUAUGUCUCUAUGACCUCCGGUAGUUAUUUGUUUCAACAACGUAAAGGAGCAUCGAAAUGGGAGUCAAUUGGUAACAAUGCGACUCAAAUUCAAUUUAUAACGAUUGAUAAAAAUGGAGCGGUUAUUGGUGUUAAUUUACAGUAUAAACAAGUGUUGAUAAAACAUAAAAAUCAAACGAAGUUUUAUUAUAUUGCUGAUGGAUCAGAGGAAUAUUUUCUAACUCCAUCGUUUGACCCAUAUUCUGCCAUUGUUGACCAAUCAGGUUAUGUUUAUGUUCUUGAAAGAUCUAACAAUCGUGUAACACGAUGGGGUCCUAGUGCCAAAACAGGCACUAUAAUCAUUGGUGGUCGUGGCUCUGGUUCUGCUGCUGAUCAAGUCAAUUCACCUUCAGAUAUAUCAUUUGAUGAUGAAGGAAAUAUUUAUAUUGCUGAUACAAAUAAUCAUCGUGUGCAAAAAUUUUCUAUUGAUAAAAGUUCAUGCAACUAA